AUGGUUGAUCCGAAGUUGAAAGGAGAGUACUCACAAGAGCAAAUGGUGAGAGUUAUAACAAUUGCUCUACUGUGUGUAAAAGCAUCUCCAUCCCAGCGUCCAAGUAUGACCCAAAUUGUAUCAAUGUUAACAAGUAACUCAGAGAUAACUGAUCAGCCUACCAAACCGGCGUUUCUAGAAAGUAAUGUAAAUGACAGAACUCCAACUUCUUCGUCAAGGGAUUCAGCAGGAUCUCAUGGAUCUGUUAAUGGCAACCCAGGGCAAGCUAGGAUAGGAUGCGUUGUUCAUAACUGGGAAGGCAAGGAAAUAGCAUCCCUUGCCUCUCUGGAUGGCAUCAAUACAAACAAUUGGGCAGAAUUGAUGGCCUUGGUGGAAGGCUUUCUUUUAUGCAGGAAACUUGAAGCUAAAUGCUUAGAUAUUGAGGGAGAUUUGGCUAUAGUUGUCAAUGCUCUAAGAAAAGGAAGCAUGCCCAAUUGGAAACUUAAUACCUUGCUAUCAAAGGCUAUAGACCUAUGCAAAAGUCUUGAUAGGUUUACAGUUAAUCAUAUCUAUAGGGAAGGUAAUAAAAGGGUAGAUGAGCUAGCCAACUUAGGGGCUGAUGGCAUCAAGCUCCUGUCUAUGCCAACCUGA